UUGAGUGGAAAUUUUUCACCGUGUAAAAAUGCAUAUUUUAAUUUUUAUUUUAUAAAUAUUUUAAUUUAUUAUUUCAACGUUUUAAAAAUUGUCAGAUAUCCGCUAACUUUAUUAUCACUUAAAAUAAUGGAAUUUAAAAAAGUGCGCGUACUAAUUUUUAAAUUAUCUAAUGAUACCAACUGACGUAUAGGUGAAUACCAACUGAAAAUUGUGCUAUUGGUAAAACAAAUGAGUUCUAGACGCGCAUGCAGAGUUUGUCUUGUUUGUAUUUACGAAGAAAGACUUUAAAUUUAUUGCAUCUUUACAAAAUAUAUAAACGAUUUUUAUGAAAAAUGGGACAAUUCGCAGUGGUUAGGCUAAAAGACGCUUAUUCAAAUAAAUGGGUGGGAGUUCCUGAGUUAUGGGUUACUGACGACAAAAAGGAAUGUUGGUGGCCAGAUAUUAAUUUCGAGCAUAAAGCGAAAAAUGAAAUCAUAUUUAAUAGCUCGUCUAAGGAGUGGUAUUUGCGUCCUCUUGAUGGUGUCUAUUUUACUGACUAUGAAACAUUUAAUGAUGCUAAUGACAAAGCGUUUCAUUUUAAUUGGGAAGACACAGAAGAAGAACGAUACGAGGAAACUAGUAAAAUUCUAGAAGAUUUGCAAUCCAGCCUUGAUUCACAUGCUAGCAAUUCGCUUGACAAUCAAAAAAAAAUGAUUCAGGCCAUAGAAGAGAUAAAAAAAACAUUAAAAGCCGAUGUAAAUACAUCAACUUUAGGAGCUCUUUUGCCUAUCAAGAAUCCUAAAAGUCUGAGAAAAUUUGAAAAACUUUACAUGGCUGAGGACGCAAUAUCGCAAGCUUUUAAAGAACUAAUUAUCAUUUUAACUGAUGAUGAAAACUUGACUGAAAGUGUUUCGAAGAUUCUAGGAGCAGUAUUUUCAAAUCAGUUAGCAGCUCAGUGUUCCUGGGAUGGGUGGAGUGGAAUUGAAAUUAAAGACUCAUCAAUUAUAAAAAAAAUUGAUAAGACAUUAAAAAAUAUUGAUGAAGACUAUAAAGAAUUCGAAGAAGAUGUGACUCUUUGGUUUCAGAAUAAAAAAAAAAAAUCAACAAUAAGACCAGAUUGAAUUAAAAUUUAUUUAUUUUUGUACCAAGAUGAUUAUUUGUCAUUCAAAAUUAUGAAACAGAAUUAAUAAAACUAAUAGUUCAUUUAUUAAAAAUUAAUAAGAAAAA